AGGAGUUUGGGAGAGGAGAGGGACAUUUGGGAGCGAGAUGGCGAGAGGGACGGUGGCGUUGUUCCUAUAUGGAUUCCUGCUCCUGUCUCUGUGGAGACCUUCACUGCAAGGAGGUGUGUACAUACCUGCUGGUGUAGGUGGUGGAGCUGGGGCUGGAUUAGGAGCUGGAGCAGGAGUCAGAGCUGGAUUUGGACCAGGUGGAGCUGGCACAGGUUAUGGGCCUGGUGGUGCAGGCACUGGAUAUGGGCCAGGUGGUGCAAGAAUCGGAUAUGGGCCUGGUGGCGGAGCUGGAGUUGGACAAGGAGGUGGAGGUGGAGCUGGCGCUGGUCCAGGUGGUGCAGGCUUUGGCCCUGGAGCCGGUGGAGGUUACACCAAGCCAGGGAAGACGGGAGCUGGCUAUGGUGGUCAGGUUGUAGGUCAAGGCCAAGGAGGACUGGGGACUGGAGGUCUGGAAGAAAGAAGAGUUAGACCAGGAGGAGCUGGGGCCGGACCAGGUGGCUAUGGGCCUGGAGGAACAGGGGCCGGACCAGGUGGCUAUGGGCCUGGUGGAGCAGGGGCCGGACAAGGAGUUUAUGGACGUGGUGGUGGUCUAGGAGCUGGAGGCCUUGGAGCAGGAGCUGGUGGGCAGCCUCCAGAAACAGGAGCUGGCAAUGGAGGUCGGGGUCUUGGAGGACAGGGGGCUGGACUAGGAGCUGGAGGUCUGGGAGGAGGAGGUCUUAGACCAGGAGUCGGACCAGGAGGUCAUGGACCAGGUGGAGCUGGGGCUGGGGCUGGACCAGGUGGUUAUGGGACUGGUGCUGGUCUUGGUCUGGGCGGAGCUGUGGCUGGAGGUCUUGGUGGUGGUUACGGACUUGGCGGUGGUUUAGGUGCUGGAGGCCUUGGAGCAGGAGCUGGAGGAAAGCCAGAGAAGACAGGAGCUGGCUACGGUGGUAGAGAUCCUGGAGGACAGAGGCCUGGACUGGGGGCUGGAGGUUUUGGACCAGGUGGCUAUGGACCAGGUGGAGCUGUGGCUGGACCAGGUGGCUAUGGGCCUGGUGUUGGUUUUGGUCCUGGGGGAGCUGGUCCUGGAGUUUUUGGUGGUGGUUAUGGACCCGAUGGAACAGGAGCUGGCUAUGUAGGUCGCAGUCCUGGGGGACAGGGGGCUGGACUAGGCACUGGAGGCUAUGGACCAGGAGGAUAUGGGCCUGGUUCUGGUGUUGGCCAGGGUGGAGCUGGUCCAGGUGGUUUUGGAGGUGGUCUUGGAGCAGGCGGACAAGGAGACGCCCUUGGAGCUGGGUAUGGAGGCCUCGGAGCUGGGGGACUGGGAUCCAGAGGUUCAGGUCAGGGGGCUGGAGGUCUUGGAGCAGGCCAAGGAGAUGGAUACAGACCUGGAGGAGGCUACAGUGGUGCUGCUGGUGGUCUAUACCCUGGAGCUGGAGCUGGAGGGGCGGGGGCAGGCCAGAAACCUCCCAAAACAGGAGCAGGAAGUACACUAGGAGGAGAUGGAUAUGGGCCUGGUGGUGCUGGUGGAUAUGGGCCUGGUGGCGCAGGAACUGUGACUGGUGGCGCAGGAACUGGGCCUGGUGGCGCAGGUGGAUAUGGGCCUGGUGGCGCAGGAACUGGGCCUGGUGGCGCAGGUGGAUAUGGGCCUGGUGGCGCAGGAACUGUGACUGGUGGUGCAGGAACUGGGCCUGGUGGCGCAGGUGGAUAUGGUCCUGGUGGCACAGGAACGGGGCCUGGUGGCGCAGGUGGAUAUGGUCCUGGUGGCGCAGGAACUGGGCCUAGUGGUGCAGGAACUGGGCCUGGUGGUGCAGGAACUGGGCCUGGUGGUGCAGGUGGAGUUGGCCCUGGUGGUUUUGGGCCUGGUGGCGCAGCUGUGCCAGCUGGAGCACCAGUACUUCCACAGACUGGAGUCCCUGGGGGUGGAGCAAGAGAGAAAAGCGGUUGGAAGGCCAAGAAACAAGUGCCAGGUGUUGGAGUACCUGGACUCUAUCAAGGUGGAAUCGUACCUAGUCAAGGUUUCGGAGGGCGUGGGGUUCUACCAGGUGUUGCCACUGGAUCCGGACUUGCUCUCCAGACAGGGGCAGGUGUGCUGGGCCAGGGUGGAGUUGGAGCUGGCACUGGAGCUGGAGGUGGCAGAGGCAGUUUAAAUGGAGUGUUCCGUGGAUAUCCCCUCAUAUCACCUAAAUCUGGAGGGGCUGGGGGCAAAUCAGCUAAUUCCCAGGCCAAGCUUGCUGCUAAAUACGGUGGAGCUGGAGCUGGAGGUGUACUUCGUCAAGUGGGCGUGGCCGGAGCAGGAGGAGUACCUGGUGGUGUACCUGGAGCAGAUGGGGUCCCUGGUUAUGGAGUUGGAGCUGGUGGUGUACCUGGUUACGGAGGUGGAGCAGGAGGCAUACCUGGAUUUGGAGGCGGAGCCAGAGCAGGAGGCGUACCUGGUUAUGGGGGCGGAGCCGGAGCAGGUGGAGUUCCUGGUGGCGUACCUGGGGCAGGGGGCCAUGGUUACCCAGGUGGAGGGCGGUACCCAGUGGCUGGCCUAGGUGUAGGAGGUGCCUACCCCGGAGGAGCUGGAUCUAAGGCAGCCAAAUAUGGUCAGGGUGGUGCAGGCACUGGAGCUGGUGGUGGUCUAGGAGGAGGAGGUCCAUCAGGGGGAGCUGGUGCUGGGCUCGGCCAGGGAGGAGUGCCUGCAUCUGGGAUUGGAUCCGGAAGACUGCCUGGAGGGGCUGGAGGGGAACCAGGAGGCGGUUACAGGCCUGGCGGUGGCUUCGGACCUGGAGGUGGAGUUGGACCAGGUGGAGCUGGGGAAGGACCUGGUGGCUAUGGACCAGGUGGAUUUGGGGCAGGACCUGGUGGCUAUGGACCAGGUGGAGCUGGGACAGGACCUGGUGGCUAUGGAACAGGUGGAGGGGUUGGACCAGGUGGUGCUAGGGAAGGACCUGGUGGAGCCGGCUAUGGACCAGGUGGAGCCGGCUAUGGACCAAGUGGAGGAGUUGGACCAGGUGGGGCCGGCUAUGAACCAGGUGGAACUGGAGCUGGAGGAUAUGAUGCAAACGCCAAAGCUCGUAAAUAUGGUAUGCUAAGUGGUGCCCUUGGGACCCCAGGAGGUGGACAGGCAGCCGGCCUGGGAGGAGUACCAGGAGGGGGAGCAGGGACUGGACUAGGCCAGGGAGGAGUGCCCGGAUCUGGGAUUGGUGGUGGUGGUGGAGGAGUCCCUGGUGGUUAUGUUCCUGGUUCUGGAUAUGGACCUGGCGGUGGAACCAGUGGUGGUUAUGGACCAGGAGGGGUUGCUGGGACUGGACUUGGCCAGGGAGCAGGGCCUGCAGCUGGGCUUGGUGCUGGUGGAGUGCCUGGUGGUGGAUACAGACCCGGAGGAGGUUUACCUGGUAGUGGUGCUGGUUAUGGACCUGGUGCUGGUUCUGGAGGAUACCCUGCUGGGGCUAAGUCUCUGAAAUACGGUCCAGGAGGAGGUGGAGGUGGAGGAGCUCCGGGACAAGGCCUUGGUGGGAGGUUCGGUGCCCCAGGAGGAGGUGUAGGAGGUCUGCCAGGAGGAGGCUACGGACCAGGAGCAGGAGGCGCAGGGGCAGGAGGAGGAGUGCCUGGGGCUGGAUAUGGGGCAGGAACAGGGCCUGGAGCUGGGUACGGUCAAGGAGCAGGAGGAGUCCCUGGAGUAGGCUACGGAGCUAGGGCAAGAGAAGGAGGAGUACCUGGGGCCGGAUAUGGACCUGGAAGAGGAUAUGAAGCUGGAUCAAAAGCUGCUAAAUACGGACAAGGUGCUGGUGGGGCCGGUGGGGCCCUUGGAGGUGGAGCUGGACGAGGAUUCGGAGGGGUACCAGGUGGCUACGGUGCUGGACCAGGUGGCUAUGGACCAGGUGGCUAUGGAGCCGGACCAGGUGGCAUUGGAGCUGGACCAGGUGGCUACGGACCAGAAGGAUUAGGAUAUGGCCCAGGAGGCUAUGGACCCGGGGGCGGAGCAGGAUCAGGAGGGGUGCCAGGUGGGCUUCCAGGAGGGUACAGGGGUUCUCCCUGGGGGAACAGGGGUAAGUGUGAGGAGAGCUGA